UAGAAUCACCAAGAAUCUCGCCGAAAAAUCUCAUCCCCAUUUCAUUUCCAUAAUCUCAACUUGCGUAUAUGCAAUCCAAAAUCCUUUCCAUUCACCGAAAAUCAAAUAUCCUCCGUGAUUCUAUGGUCGAUUCGAAAUUGAAACCCUUAUCACAGCUCCUAUAUAUGUCUCUGCGAACCCUUAGACUUGACAAGCCAAUCCACCUCUUUAGCCAGAAAGUAAUCGAUCGGAGAUGGCAUCAUCAUCUUUCACUAACGACCAAACUGAUGUUGAGAUGCAAUUUCAAGACCAAGAGUACCAAGAGACAAAUGCAACAUCUCAGACUCAGGCGGACAAGGUGAAGAAGAUGGUUGUGCCAAGGUCUACUGUGUGGGAGCAUUUCACCAGGACCAAAGAGAAUCGAAACAAGUGUAUUUGUCACCAUUGCCAAAAGACCUUCUCAUGCGCAUCCAAGUCCGGAACUUCUAAUCUGAAGCAGCAUCUGCAAAUAUGCAAAGAACACAAAGUGUGGUUAACAAGUCAGCAAAAGAACCAACAGAAGAUUGGCAAUGGAGGAAACCUGAAGGCAUCCAAAGUGAGUGAAGCGCUUUGGAAAGAAGCUUGUAACGAGCUUGUGGUGUUAGCAGAACUGCCACUUUCAUUCAUUGAAAGUACUGCUUUCAAAUACUUCUGCGACAAGGUUAACCUUCCAAAGACCCACUCAAGAAGGAGUUUGACAAGGAACAUUGUGGAGAUGUUUGUGAAAAGGAAAGCAGCACUCAAGAACUUGCUCAUCACGAGCAAACAAAGAGUUUCGCUAACCACAGAUAUUUGGGUAUCUCAAGUGACAGGUGCAAGCUAUAUGGUUAUCACUGCACACUUCAUUGACGAUGAGUGGCAGCUGAAGAAGCUAAUCAUUGGCUUCAAGUAUGUCAUGGAUCACAAAGGUCAGACAAUCUCUACUGUUCUGUUACAGUGUUUAGCUGAUUGGGGACUAGAGAGGCUAUUUUGCAUCACAGUAGAUAAUGCAAGCGCUAAUACUUCUGCCCUUAAGCGGUUCCAUGAGGUCUUUAGCUCCAAAUCCCCUGAUGCAUUUGUCUUAGAUGGGAAUUUUUUCCACAUGAGGUGUGCGGCUCAUAUUAUUAACUUGAUUGCUAAGGAGGGUUUGAGUGAUUUGAGUGAAAAUGUGUUAGCUAUCAGGAAUGCUGUUCAGUAUGUUAGGUCCUCAACCCCUAGGUUACACGCCUUUGAUCAGAGAGUCACAACUGGUAAGAUGACUCGUGGAAGCUUGCCUCUUGAUGUAAAGACUAGGUGGAAUUCGACUUUUCUUAUGUUAUCUAGAGCAUUACAGUUUAAGAUAGCAUUUGAUAGAAUGGAAGCAGAAGAUAGGCUGUACAAUGACUACUUUCUCGAAGUAGAUAAUGGGGUUAAGCGGUGUGGACCACCUACUUCUAGGGACUGGAAAGCUGUUGAAAAGCUUAUUAGGUUUUUGGUGAUAUUUUACAACAGCACAUUGAUUGUCUCUGCCUCAUCUAAGGUCAAUGCAUUCAAAUGCUAUGGUGAGAUAGUGACAAUUGAGAGAAAUCUCACUGGUUUAGUUAGCAGUUUAGACUCUGAGUUGAAGUUGAGGGCAUCUGAAAUGUUGAAGAAGUUUUCAAAGUAUUGGGGAGGAAUGAAAGGCGUCAACAAGAUGUUGAUCUUAGCAACCAUCUUCGACCCUACACAGAAGAUGCAUUUCGCAAAGCUCUGUUUUGAGAAGCUGUACGGGAAAGAUAGCUUCGAGGCUAAGGAGAUGACAAAAACCGUGACUGAUCUUCUCACAUCCAUGUUUAAGGAGUACAGCAUGCGGUUCAAAAGAGCUUCUGGACAAGCAUCGCAAGAAGCUGAAGCCUCUGCCGUCCCUGGUCCAGACUCUCAGGAACAAGGAGUGGAAAGAAUGGAACUGGUGGUUGAGGAUUUCGGUUAUGAAAGGAUGGAUGCUGUUUACAAGGAACUUGUUGCUGAAAUAGGUGAAGAUACACGAGAUGAGCUUGAAGUGUACUUGAAGGAAGCGGUGGUGACUCAAAAGCUCUUACCGGGAAUGGAGUUUGAUGUUCUGUCUUGGUGGAAGAUGCACAGAGUGAAGUACCCGGUCCUUGCAGAAAUGGCGAGAGAUCUCCUGGCUAUGCAGGUUUCAUCAGUAGCAUCAGAAAGUGCUUUCAGCACAAGUGGCAGGAUAUUGGAACCCCACAGAAGCUGCUUAACUCACUACAUGAUAGAGGUUAUUAUGUGUACUGAGCAAUGGCUUCAUGCUGACAUCAAGCUUAAGGAAACCAUCAUCACAAAUGAGCAAAUCCUAGAAGACGUUGAAGAGCUUGAUAAGCUUGAGAAAGAGUUUGAAGCUCACAAUCUUGGUGAUUGAACUGAGGAGGCUACAAGGUUGAAGGCUGGAGACUGAAGUUCGAAGAGUAUUUUUUUUUCAUUGAAUUAUGUUGUUUUUGUUUGGUUUUCAAUUGGAGUUUUGGAUAAUGGUGAUCUUUGUUUUGUUUUUUUCAUUUCAGUAAUGGUGGUGAUCUUUGUAUCACUUCCAUCUUAAUAAAGUUUUAAAGUUGCUUUCAUCUUUGUCUCUUUGAUCCUUUUUGUCUCUUGGAUAUUGAAAGUUGAA